AUGACCUCGACCGAAGCGAGCGACAACAGUGGCGCUGGAUUCUGCGUUCACUGCGUCUCGGGAUUCCGCAUCCCUGGCGACCCCAAGGGCAAGAUGGAAACCAUCCACGGCCUCAACACAUACGUCGCAACCCCUACCAAUGCUGCCUCAGACUCUGCUAAAAAAGCAAUCAUCUUUUUCUACGAUGCAUUUGGUCUCAAACUGGCCAACAAUAAAGUGAUUCCGGAUAAGAUCGCCGAUGCCACUGGUCUGACGGUAUACGUUCCAGAUGUGUUCAACGGAGGAGGAAUCGAAGAAGCAGCCUUGUCACACGCCCCUUCCACUGCAGCCGACAUGAAAGCCGCUUCGAUCCUGACCAAACUUCGCACCGGCGCAGCAUUCAUCACCGCCGCUCCCUUCUUCUUGCUGAACUUGCCCCAAACCAAAGUGCCUACACUCAAGAAAUGGAUUGAACAACUCAAGCUGUCUCAUGGAUACACUCGUCUCGGCGGUACAGGCUUCUGCUAUGGAGGCAAAUUGGUCAUUAUGCUCAAUGCUACGGACCAUAUCGACGUUAGCGUUGCAAACCACCCCAGUAUGAUCACAAGAGCCGAUAUUGCAGCGAUCAAGAAUCCUAUUUUGUUCAACUGUGCAGAAGAGGAUCCGAUCUUCUCAGAAAGCUAUGCAAAGGAGGUGGAGAAACAGUGGAAAGAAGCAGGUGAUAAGCCCGUGCAUAGAUUCGAGUAUUACCCCAACACAGUACAUGGGUUUGCAGCCAGACCGAAUCUGGGUGAUAAGCAGGUGAAGGAGGCUUUCGAAAAGGCGUUCAACGAGAGUGUGGCUUUUUGGAAGGCGAAUCUGUAA